UUGCUGAAAGAUGAAAGAAAACAAUCUGAGUCCGUGUUAUAAUGAGAACACUCGCACCCUAAAGAGAACAACCCUUGAAAAGGAAGUCUUGAGACUUUAACACAGUCUGUGUUUAACCGUCUGUCAUCAUUCAGUCAGUAUGGAGCUCAGUCAACUUCCUCUUGUGUUCUUGCUGAUUUCAAAUAUCUACUCUGAACAAACUGAAGAAAGACUGAAACCCAGAGUGAUCAUUAAACCUGAUCAACAUGUGUUCAGAGGAGAAACAGUCACUCUCAGAUGUGACAUAUAUGAUGAAGGAGUCACUAGCUGGAGAUACUUCUGGUAUAAAGAAGGUUUAGGCAGAGUUUUCAGUGAUGGACAGGAACUCACAAUCAGUUCUGUUACUGAGUCUGACUCAGGUGAAUACUCCUGUGAUAGAUUUAAUGGAUCAAAACCGUCUCCCCGCAGUGAUGAAGUUACUCUGACAGUAUCAGGUCUUCCUAAACUGACUCUGACAGCUGAUCCUCAGAGUCCAGUGUUCCCCGGAGACUCAGUUACUCUGAGAUGUGAGGGGAUUCAGUCACAGAAUGGAUGGGAGUUUCUCUGGAGAAAAGACUCAAACCCUGAAUCUACUGAAGAUCAAACUAAAACAAUCAAACCUGAGAAAGUCUCUGAUGGAGGAAAGUACAGCUGCAGAGCACGAAGAAGAGGAAGAAGAUAUUACACAGUUUACAGUAAACCUGUAACAGUAACAGUAUACGAUCCCAAAUCAGUUUUAAGUGUUUCUCCACAGAAGUGGUUGACUGAAGGAGAUCCAGUGACUCUGAUCUGUGAGGUUCACAACUUUUCUACAGGCUGGACGUUCAGCUGGUUCACUUUAACUGAAUCACCAGGUGGUUAUCAUCUGCUCUCAGACAGCAGCAGAGGAGCAGGAGGAAGAUACAGGAUCAGUUCUGCUGCUGUAGAUCACACAGGAGUUUAUGUGUGCAGAGCAGAGAGAGAGAAAUCAUCUUAUAAAACACAGUACAGCAACACACAGCUGCUGUGGGUCACCGGUGUUUCUGCUCCAGUCUCUCUGAGGGUCAGUCCCAGCAGAACUCAACACUUCACAUCUGACUCUCUCUCUCUGAGCUGUGAAGACCAGAGUAACUCUACUGUAUGGAGAGUGAGAACAUACACAGACCUCUGGGGGCUGAAAGAUUGUUCAUCAAUACCUCGAGGAUCACACACAGGAUCUACAUGUACAAUCAGUUACGUCUAUACAUCACUCAUUGGAGUGUACUGGUGUGAGUCUGAAUCUGGAGAGAAACAUCAUCCUGUUAAUAUCACUGUACACUCUGAAGUGAUUCUGGAGAGUCCUGUUCAUCCUGUGACUGAAGGAGAUAGUCUGACUCUACACUGUUUAUAUCGAUACACAAAUCUAUCAAACCUCAGAGCUGAUUUCUAUAAAGAUGGAUCACUCAUCCAGAAUCAAACUACAGAGAUGAUCAUCUCUCCUGUCUCAAAGUCACACGAGGGUUUCUACUCCUGCAAACACCCAGAGAGAGGAGAGUCACCCAAGAGCUGGAUCUCAGUCUCAGGGUUUCAUUCAGAAUCUCAGAUCUCUGUUCUCUCUAUACUCAGUUCUGUACUGGCAGCUUGUCCAUAUCUGCUGGUGACAGUCGUGCUGAUUUUCAAAUGCUGCAGAAUGAGAGCCAUCUCCUGAAGUGCUUCUGAAAACCACCAGAGGACACUCCUCUCAGGUCAUAGUUUAAAGCUUGUGAAGGUUAAUUCCAAAAAAAUAUAUAAUAUGGAACAAACCUCUCUGUCCGCUCCAGACCUUUGAAACUAAAUAUUCUGAUAUAAUAUCGCAUGCGUUUGUGUAGUGGGAAUUUUCCCUCCAGUGUAGGUGUCACCAAGCCAGCAGAGGGAGCCCUUACCUCCGGAUGAUCCGUGUUCACUCUCUCUGCUGCUACUUCCUGUUGUGGGACUAUAAAUACUGUAGCAGGCUCCUCACCUGCAGGUUGUAUUGUUUGAUUGUUGGAUGGUUUGUUUCUAGUUUUCCUAGCGUUUCCCUUGUCAUAGAUUCUUUGGAUUUGACCCUGCCUGUCUUUUGAUACUUUGAUUGUUUGCUGCCUGACCCAACCUCUGCCUGUUUUUGGAUUCUGUUGUUUGCUGUGAUUUGACGCCUGCCUCCUUUGACCAUGUCUUUGUUCAAUAAAAGCCAGUGAAUGGAUCCGGACACCUCAGACCCCUCAUUCAUGACAGUAGGGGUUGAAAUUACUAGAGAAAUUACAAGUCUUCAACCCCUAGUACAUUUAAUUUCUGUACCUAAAGUAUGUUUUUAUUUAGUAACAACGACUGAGGAUUGAAGGACAGUAAUUUAAUAACGUACACGGUAGCUCUCUGUGUAUUAAUACUAACCCUACUUUUCCUCUAUAGCCCAAAACGUGCAAAAGUGUGUUUAUUUGUACAGUGUUUGGUAGAUGAAAAGAAUAACACAACAUUAACACAAUAAAGAAACCCAAAUAAACUCUUCACUUG